CCAGGUUUUUAGAGAAAACAAAAGUUGUCAUUAUUUGACACUUUUGGAUAGUUUCAUUAAGAUGUUUUCUCUGAUAUUCUGUACAUAAACUAUCUAUUUUUAAAAGAAGUAAAUUUGUCAGCAAAUAAAGCAAAGUGCACAUAUUUUCAUUUUCCAGACUUACUUGUUUUGUUAUUCAUGAAAUAGUUUCCAAAUUUCUGGAAAAAAGAAUUACAACCUUACUGACACAUUCUUCAUAAAGUUUGCAGAAUUAGCACAAACAUUUAGAAUUAAUACAGGUUUGUAAUUUCCUAUGUUCCUAUGCAGUCAUUUUUUAAAACCAUUCCUGAAGUAGAAUUUACAUUUUCUUCUUUAUUUAAAAAUUAUAUAGUAAUUGUUAAUUGGUUAUGCCUUAAUAUUAGAAAAAUGGAUAUCCAUUUUUUCAAUGUAUGAGCAAAUAAAAUUAUACAUUUCAAAUGGGAACACACAAAUAUAAUUAGUUAUUCAGAAUUUGAACAUAUCUUAUAUAAUGUAUUUUACCCAUAUCCAAAGAUCCUUUUAAAGGAAAAAAGUAGUAGUGUUUGUGUUUGUGAAAUUCAUACAUGCAUAUACCAGCAUGUCAGGUGAAUGCUGAAUUGAAAAAUUUAAAUGAACAAAAUUCUUAUUUUUGUUUACAUUUGUUAUCUUUUUACAGGAAUGGAAGCUAAUCAGUGUACCAUUUGCUGGAUACCUCUUUCUUUUGUAACUGUUAUUAUGAUAAUUUCUUUACUAAAAAACGUUUUAUACUUCUUAAAAAACAAGAAACAAAAAGACAAAAUUUGUGAAGAUUAUAAUGAAUAUCAUUCAAGCAAUGAGGACUGUCAUGAAGAAGUUUGUCCAGUUUAUGACAAUCUUAAUCACUACCAACAGGAGAUGCUAAAUGAAAGUUGCUAUGAGCAAAUGAAUGUCCCUUCUCCUCGACCCACCACUGAUGUACAGCAGUCAGCUGAGCCCCAAAUGUGUUAUGCUUCCCUUGACCAUAGUGUCCGAAGAAAGCACAAAAUUCAGCCCAAAAAGAAAUAUCGUACAUUAGAAAUGGGUGAAAAUCAACUUACCAGAAACAACUCCACGGUGUCUUGUAUUUAUCUCAACAGUGCACAACUCAGUGCUGAAAAGUUGUCUGAAAAUACUUCUAAGGUUGAUUCGUUCAGAGAGUUUGGUUUAAAACACAAUGCAAACGAUGUCAUAUUUUAGUAACCCAAAUGUUUUCUCAAUUUAAUCAUUCAGAGACAUUAAACAUUCAAUUGCCAAGUUAGAUAAAUGAUCGUGUGAACAAAAUAAUUUUAUGCCAUUGAGUUCUGUAGAGGAACGAUUCAUAACUUUUUGACUUUUAAUUACUAUAUUUUUCAGAGUAUAAGAUGCACCAAGAUUUUGAAGAGGCAAAUUAAAAAUAAAAGUUUUUGC